GACUGCCAAGAACAUUAAUUUCUGUUUACUUCGUUUACCCGUGUUACCCUCACAUGAAGGUCAGAGGUCGAAGGAAAUAUGGAAGGGUUUCUAUUACUUUAUACAGUAUCAGCACGCCCAUCAAAUAUUUCAACAUUAAAGAAGCUAUAGUUAUCUAUCGGUUUAUAAAAAUAAUGAAUAAAGUGAGAAAAAUGGGAAAAAUCUUGGAAGAUAACAGCCACCCGCUCCAUCAUAACUACAUCAAGUCGUCGCGAAGUGGACGACUUCUAUCUAUCAAGACUAGAACCAAGUGGUACAAAAAGUCUGUCAGACUAUAUCAACUCAACUCAUUCAUCAAGAAACAUGAAAAGGACCAAGAUAUCUGCCAAUGUUUAGCCGAUGAUUGAGUAAGAGUUGUCUGUGGUGAAAGCUGAUGACCUAGGAUGAAAGGACAUCUAAUGCAUUGUCAGGAUAGUAAUUCUUUAUGUAUGAUAUUCUAUGCUGACCAGAGUAGAGUGACCUGAACGACAUAGACCUGUGAUAUAUGAACAGUGUUUGAUAAAAAAAAAAACAUUCCAUAAUGGCUCAUCUAGGUGAAAACAAAAGGUUGAUCAAUGGAAACUCCUCUGAUGAAUUCUUAGAGGAAAGCACUAGUGAGGAAAAAGAAGAUGGACCAUUGCUGAAUUCAAAAGAUCUUUCAGGAACCAAAGCCCUAGGUGAAUUAAAAUCAUCAAACUUUGACAUCAGUAGCAGCUCAACACAGCCCAUAGUCAAUGGUCAGGGCCCACUGUCUUCACCAAAUUCUGAAAGUCCUGAUUCCAGUCAGGAUGGAAUAAAGAAAGUUACAUUCAGUGGGGAUGGUGAACUCUAUGAUUUAAAUAACUCUGCCCUCUCUCCUAUUAUAGUACGUAUAGAUGAACCUUCAGAACCUGCACCUAUUUCAGAAGCUGACAGUCCAAGCAGUGAAGAGUUCAUAGAUGCUCCAGCUAUUUUACUUCUUGAUGACAUUAAAGAUGAUGACACUAAUUCAAAUCCGUCCAACCAAGAUGGCCUAGAUCAGAGUGGGCACAGACAUUUUGAUGUCAUUAAUGUUGAUGAAUCAGCCCUAAAAAUGGAGAUUGAGGCUAAAGAAAAAAGUGAACAACCAAAGCCAGAAAAUCAGAGACCGACCCUUCUAAAGGUGGCUAGCUCUACGUCUGAUGGUUUUUCUGGUCAAAGUAACAUUAGUGCAAAUCAAGAUACUAUUGGGCCUUUAGAUAACCCAGAUUUCUUAAAGCGACUCCAGUAUUCCGUCAGCCAAGCUGUUGAAGAUGAUGCUUUUGGGAAUGCCAACAUAGAUCUGGAGGAGUUUGCUGUUUCCAGUCCCCCAUCUCCCCCUGAUAUGGACAGGGGCUGGGCAUGGGUGAUUCUUUUUUCUGCUUUCUUCUCACUGACACUCACAGGAGCAACUAUCUUCACUGCAGGAGUACUGAUGCCUACUAUCUUGAAAGACAUAAAUAAUGACAAAACAGUAGUGUCAUGGAUUGGUGCAGUACAUGUCAGUGUAUUGUGUAUGUCAGGUCCUUUUGUAAGUAUAGUUCUGUCUCGCCUUGGUUCUCGCUGGACUGUAUUUUGUGCAGGAAUUUUCCUUUCUGCUGGCAUGAUAGGAGCUUCUUUUUGUACAACUGUUCCCUAUUUGAUUUUGACCCAUGGAUUAAUUUCAGGAAUGGGUUCUGGCUUUAUUCUAAAUACUAUGUUUGUUACUGUUGGUCAAUUCUUCAAUCGGUACAGAGGUCUUGCUUGUGGUCUGCUGGCUACUGGCUCUGGAGUAGGGAUGCUUGCAGGUGGCAAUGCAUUAAAUUUCAUUCACGAGGCAUAUGGCUUAAGUGGCACAUACCUCUUAUGGGGUGGUGUAACUAGUCAUGUUCUUAUCUUUGCCUUAUUACUCCGCCCAUCACCUGAGGAGCAACUCAGAAAAGCAGAGAAACGAAUGAAGAAAGAGCCUGAGAAACUUGUUCCAACCAGUCAGCAGGAUUGGAACAGUGGUCGAAACAGUGUCGUCAGUGGUCUUAAUAGUAAUUACAGUGGAGGUGAGCACCAAGGGUUAACUCACAGGUUUCAGAGGUACCCAAGCAAACUCAGCCGAGGUGAGAUCAAUGUUGCACCCCUGCUAAAAACUGUGCUGCACAAGGAGAUGUCAAGGUCAAGCUACUCAGUUGGGACUAACAGGUCCUAUAAGCUAAAGCAGAAAUCAGCUGUAUCAUCGAGCCCAAGCACAACUAGCAAAUUUACAUUUGGUCCUGCCAGCACAGGUCAGGACGGAUUAAGUGUGUCUGUGUCACCUAGCCCAGGCACAACACCAAUGUCACAUAGCCCUUUGGUGGCCUCUCCACUGGCUGCACUAGAACAGGGGGACAGGGUUUCACCCACCAAAAAACCCAACCAGGAUAAUAUGUUUCUAUCUGAUUCUGCCCUUGUCCAAGACAGUGAUGGCAGCCAACCCAUCCCAUCAUCCCCAUCUGGCAGCCAGGCUUUUACAGAGUACAAUCAACCGUUCCGUCGUCGUUUUCUCUCACAAAGUUCUCAGGCCCAGUCUCAGUAUUCCAGUGGCAGACUGAGCCACCGCCCAUCUAUCAGAGAGCAGCUGCAAAGAAAUGAUUUAGAUAAUGAGUCCCUUGCCUCCACUCUGGUCUCCCACUUGCAGCCUCGUGAUGCUCUAAUGCCCAGACACCGGCUUGGCUCACGAAGCAUAUCUUCCUUGAUGGGUAGCAUAAGUAGCUUCCCAACUGCUUUAGCUAUUGUCAAGGAUGACUUGUCACGCUUGGAAGCUAUUGAUGGUCCUGAACCUAAGACUGCCAAAGACUAUUUACUAGGAUUUUUAGAUUCCUUGAGAUUGCUCAGAAAUUGGCCGUUCCUUGUAUUUAUCUCAACUAGCUUUCUGUGGGCUUUUGGUGAAUCACCAUUCAACAUUUUUCUUCCACAAUAUUCUAUGGAGAAAGGCACAUCACUUAAAGAUGCAGCUACAUUGUUCACAGGAAUGGGUUUUGGCUCAAUGUGUGGAAGAUUUCUGUCUGGUCUUGUUGCCAGCGAUAGUGGUGUUGGCCCAAUAUUAUUACAUAUAGGUUGUCUCUUCAUUGGAGGCUUGGUCAUUGCAGUGUGUCCAUUUAUAACUGAGACAUACAUACAGCAGAUGGUGUGUGCCACAUUGUUUGGACUCUACACUGGAUCUCUGGUACCAUUGUCAUCCCUCAUAACCAUUGAACUAUUGGGCAUUGGUGAGCUGGGCUUGGGCUUUGGAUUUUUGUCCAUGGCUCAGGGCAUUGGCUAUUUGUUAGGCCCCCCAGUUGCAGGUGUGUUGUCCAAUAACUUUGGCUAUAAAAAUUCUUUUAUAAUAUCAGGUUGUAUUGUCAUGUCUGGAAGCUUUGUGGCCAUGUUAAUACCUAUAUUAUUGCACGACUCACCUGAGAUAGACGAUGAUCAUGAUUCUCUGGAUGAUCUUGAAAGAGCUCUCCAACGCAUCUCAGCUUCAGAUGAUGCCAAUGGCAGUGAUGAGGAAGUGUCAGCACAGGAGGAUAUCCAAUCUCAACGACUGUUGCCUCUUUCACAGGGCAACCUCUCAGCCACUGGUGUUAAAAAGAAAGAUGAUGGCUUGACCCUCAUUGCCAUGACAGAAAUCUCUUCCAGCAGCGUAGUGGCCCCCAUCAAAGAGGAAGCUCAUGAAGUAAUCCCAGAAGAAAAGCCGACUGAAUUGGCCACAAUUGUUGAAGAGGCUGAGAAAAAAAGUUUGGCUAGCCUUGGGGAUCUGGAUUAAAUGCAAGGUCACUUUUAUUGUCUCAUAAGAUAAUAAACUGUAAGAUAAGUUCAACCAAAAACUUUCAUUCCUUUAAGCAACAAGUUUUAUUAUAAGUAUCAUUUAAACGUUUCUUAUUGAGGACAAUUUAACAUUCAUGGCAUUAUUUGUGAUCAGGGUUUAAAAGUCAAUUUUUGUCUAAGUCAGUUUUUGCUUUAAUAGCAUUUUUAUUGUAAUUUUUGUAUAAAGCUGUCAAAAUAAAAAGUUAUGUAGCCUUCAAUGAGCCACUAAAAUGUUUCUUUUUUAAUGAAACAAACCUUGUAAAGAUUUUACUUUAAAAACUUCUCAAGUUCAAUAUUUCAUUAUGAGCAACAAUAUCCAUCUGUAUUUAAAGAUAUUUGUUGUUUUUUGGUUUACUUUAAAUAAGUUAUUUUUCAUUAAACUUUCAGAGAAACUUUUAAAAUGUUAAUGUUUUCUUUUUGUCAAAAGAAAAAUAAUGAACUGAAAAUUAAAAAGGUUCUAAAUCUAUCAAGUAAAUUUAAACUCAAUAUUCUAUUGUUUUGAGAUUUAGACUUUUAUUAAAUGAGAGACUUAUUAUGAUGUCUACUGAUACUGACAAUGUUUUUAUUGCAAAAAAUUGUGUUCAUUUUUAAAAGUUCAUACACACACACACUUAAAUAACAAUUAUAAAUAUUAACAUCUUGAAAUAGAAACCAUGAUGAUUGUUUGGGCUUUGGACUGUCAUUUUGAUGGUUUCCAGUUUGAAGCCUGCCCGCUGUCAUCUCCCACUGCCUUGUGGGAAGUUUGGGCUAGGAUGUAAUAAAAUCUUCAAUUGUAAAGGAACAUGCUGAAAACAUUUAAAACAAAGAAGCUUAUGAUUGGUAAGUGUAAGUGCAGACUUACUGGUAAAUAUUUUUUUUAUCAGAAAAAUGUCUUUUGUGUCAUAAAAGUAAUAAUUCUGGAAGUGUGAAAAAGUUUGGAUACAAGAAAUGUUAAUGGGUUUGAGAUGGUAUGUUUGUUUAAUAUUUAGUUAUGUAUUAAAUUGUGAUAAGUUUUAAAGUGUCUUUUUGUUAUCUACUUGACUAUCAUUCAUGAAAAUCUUUGUGUUAACAUUCCAGUAAAUGAUUGCUAGUAGAAUGGGCUCACUGUUUGUUCUAGGUAGUUUUUUUUUUUUUUGUGUACAUUUAUUUUGUACAGUAUUUUUAGUUUAGUUCCAAACUGAAUGACAUAACGUUGGUUCAGAAAUAAUUUCACUUUUUACAUUUUGUACAAAAAAUAUUCUUUAAAUCAAAACUAGACAGUAACAUAUUUACACUUAUUUUACUUAUCUGGCCUUCAGUGUCUUUAGAUGGUUCAAUUGUGACAUAUCUUUGCCAAGAUUAUCUUUUUUUUUUAUGUUUUUCACCUUUUUUUUUCAAACCACUUUAUGUAUUUUAUAAUAAAAACAAAAGAAAACCUCUCUUGAACAUAGUCUAUGUUUGUAUUGAUUGGUCUUUAUGAUUUCAUUAACAAUAGAAGUAUUUCUGAUAAAAUUAUUUGAUUUCAUUUUAUUCAGUAGAAAAUCAAACUAGUUGCUUUUUUCACUUAUUGAGGCUUGGACAUGUGGCAGUGUUGACUACUGUCCCUCCAAUGCUUUCAAUUGAAUGCAACUUUUAAAACAGUUAUCUAUGUAUCCGAACCUUCCAAAUUAAUAUCUGUAUGCAAUGAUAGAACCUUUUUUUUUUUUAAUAUAGCUCAUUUAAGCCAUAGUUUAAAAAAAAGAUUUAGUAAGUAAAUGUUAAACUAUGAUAUACUGUAUUCUGAGAAUCUGUUGUGUAGUCCUGACCAUAACAAAAAUUGUUCUCCAUCUAGCAUUGUAAAUGUUAUUUUUAUGUGACUGUAUGCAUUUUUUUAAAUGUUAGUUUAGUGUUCAUACUAAUUUGUUACAAUUGUUUUAUGUAGACUGUAACAUAUUAGCCAUCUGUAAUGUAGUAACUGCUGCACACAAACUGAUACAUACCUAAAUGUCUUUUAUUAGUUUUUCAUUUUUUAAUGAUAUUCUCCCAGUUACUGGAGGACCUUAGUCUAAGUAAAUGUCAAACUUAAGCCUAAGUCAAAUGUAUAAAGUGGGCUGUAGUUUCUCCCUGUAUCCUGACAUCAGUCCUCAUUAAUAGAUUCAUUAAACACUUUGUUUUUCUAUUUAAGAAAUGAAUGCAAACCUUACACAAAAGUGCUUUCAUUGUAUUUGUUUAUUUCCCCUGAUCAUAUCCUGUAUAUUUACAUUAUAAAUACAGUCCCCUUACCAUAUCCGUUCUAUUGACUUACCGGUAUUUUUUUUUUCUGAUGGGUGAUCAUAUUUUUUUGUAUUCCUGCCAGGUCUUCCUUUAUCCUGCCAUUGAGUUUGUUGAUGCAAGUCACUUGUUUUUAUACUGCCCAAGGCUUUCUAAUUUACUUGGGUAUUGUUGUAGUGUAUAAUCCUUUGGUCAAGCUCAUUUUGUCAUCCUAUUCUCAAGAAAUGACUUAAAUGUAUUGCAUUGAUAUGAAGAAUGACUAGAAAAAAAAACGAUUGUAAAGAGUAUACAAUUUCAGUUAAAUGCUUUGCUUAUUUUUCUUUUACUUUGUAUUAAUUAGACCAGCUAUUCCAAAAUGAUAACACAUUUUUAUGAAAUAAUUAAUGGGUGAUUUCAAUUGUCUGUGUGAAAAUAUGCUGCCAUUAUAUUUCUGUGACUUUAUUUUUGGUAUCAAAACUUUAUUUAACUGGUUAACAAUUCAGUAAAUCCAAACCAAAGCUUAUGCUUUUGAUUUGAUAACUAUGACACCUCUGCAUCUGUCAGAAAUCUCAAUACUGGUUGACAGUUGUUUAUGAAGGUUUGCUCUCUGCGACUUUUUCAAUGAGCUAGGCCACCUUCUUAAAUAGCAGAACUGGAGACAAGGCGUGUUGAAAAGGAUUAUGUGAACCCCCCAGAGCUUGGUAUACAAAGACCUAGUUUAGAAUAAAACAAUAAUUUUGUUGUUAAAAAAGAAUUGUCACACAUUUUGCAUCUAUCAGACUUUUAUUCAGUGUUGGCUAGCUUGGAUAAUCUUCAUUUUUUAAACUCAUUUUAAGUGAUUGAUUGUAUGCUGAUAUCAUUUUAUUGAUGUGUUCUAUUUUUUAAAUUUUUUACAUGAUGGAAAUUGUUAUUCAAUUACCAAAUUUUGUAUUAGUUUUGUCACAGUGUAUUGAAGGAAUCUCUCAAGUUCAGGAUGAACUCUUGCUUUCAAAAUGCUUUAGCAGAGGUGACUGUUUGGUGAAAGAUAAAGGAAGAUAAUUUGAGAUUUCAUUUUCUUUCAUAUCACUCAAAUACUUAGUUUACUUCAUAUCUUUAAGUUGCAUAUUUAUGUGCUCAAGCAAUGAACUCAUCACAUGUAUCUUGUAGUGCUGUCAGAAAUGUCCUUUAAACCAAAACUCAAGUAUGAUUCUACAUUCCCUUACAGAAACUAAAAUAAUAAAUAGAGUUUUCAGUAGCUACGUUAAACAUAGUUCAAAAUAUACAUCAAUUACUGGAAACGCAGGAGUUGUACAGUCCUAGGUGAUUUUUGUUACAAAUUAAAAUACAUGAAUACUGAGUAGAUUAGUCCAAAUACACAAUUAUGAUUUUUUGCAUAUGACAGCAUAGUUGACUGAACAUUAGAUACAACUAAAAAUAGAAUCAGUAUAUUGAAUCCAGUUGGAACAUGUCAUUUUAUCCAGAAAAGUAGCUUAAAAUUGAUAAGCAAUGGGGGAGAAAAAAAUUGGAUUGUGAAGAAAUUAAAGUUGCACAAAAGAGCCAACUUUUUUUUCCCCAAAAUAUCCAUUUACUCCCUACAUUUCUAGCACACAGCAAAUUUAGUUUUAUUUAGCUUCUCUUACAUGUGAAAAACAGCUUCGAUGUGUUUCCAAUAGGUAUAGUGUAGCAUAACGGAGAUUGUUACAUGAUAGUUUGUAAAUAAUAUAAUGAUUAAAAAAAAAAGCAUUGUUUACAAGCUGGGUUGAGGAAGAGUAUAUAGAGUAUAAAUAAUAAAUAGAUUCAAAGUAGCCAGCAUUGUGGGUAGGCAGUUGAGAUUGUAUAAUAUAAUUAUAAUAUUAAUGAAAGAAAUAUUUUUGUUUGUAGAAAUCAAUAGAUGGCUAUCAUUAGCAUUGCUCUGGACAUGGAAGUUAUGAAUGGUUAAUAUAACAAGGAAGUUGUACAAAUUCAAAAUAUAAGAAGCUUUUCUUUUUUAAAACUUGGAACUUCUAUUCUUUUUAUUGAAUAUUGAGGGUUUCACUCCUCUAAUAAUGUGGAGACUGAAGAAAAAAAAAAUGAUAGUAAUGCUUUUUUUUUAGUAUAUUUUUGUUUUAUACCACAGUUCCAAAUUGUAUGAAUUGAUGGAAUUUGCUAAAAAAAAAAAAAAAAAAAUUUUAAAAAUCGCUAUCUUUUACACAAAUUUUAUAUUUUAUAUCUAUGUUUUACAUGUGUAUUUUAAAAUAUUCUUUUUCUUUCUUUCAUGUUUGGUUUCAAUGUAAUUUGUUGUAAUUAAUCAUCAUUCCUUUAUACACUUACAAGUUAUUUGUAUUUUUUUUCUGUGACAAACAUUUUGCUGACUCAAUUAUCAAUCAGUAUUAGUGAAUAGCUCACAGUUUGAAAAUGUUAGCUUUAAAAAAAAUUUUCAUUAGGUUCAUUACUUUAUAAUUUGACCCAAAACAAUUUCAUUGUAUAUGUACUUUGAUAUUAUGGAAGGCGUUCAUUUAGUUCAGCAGGAAAUUUGAGGGCUGAAGCAUAUUUAUUAGGAUCUGCAACAAGAUCUGUAAAGUUGAAGGAUAUUCUCAAACAAUGUUGAAUUAGUUUUACUUUAUUUGAUAUUCUAUGCACAAGAUUGUCCAGCUUGGUAUCAAUUAUAAUCUCUUAUUGUAAACUUCACCUCCAUGGGCCUAAUGCCUAGCUGUAGUUUUGAUACAUUAAGUACUAUUAACUCAAUGACUAAUAUAUACAAUUUUUAAAUAAAAUAUUGUUUAUUAUUAAAUUCAACAUUAUUAUAAUCUUGAAAUGAUACUAUAUUAAUUAUCCGUCAUUGUUGUAAGUCAGUUUUAGUGAAAUAAAACUUUCCACAAACUCCAGAUAUGUUUUAAUCUGUUUAGCUCACAAUUUGCAAUUUUUUGGUAAAGUUAGGAAUCUUAUCUUUUUUUUAGAAAACAAAGUGUUAUAUAACUUGCAUAAAUAUUGUAAUAACUUUUCAUCACAAAUGCAAACGUUUCAAGGCAAUGUGUGCUACUUUAAGCCAUAUAGUCUUUAGAACUGUGAUUAAUGCACCAAAAAAUAUUCUCAGCUUUACAUCUCCUAGUCAGCAGCCGCCACUUGUGUUGUUAAAUAUCAACUAAUCUUUACUAUGUAGAGGUCAUGCUGCAGAUCUUUUUCUCAAAGAAAAUCAAGUUUAUUUCUUUCCUAUUUGGCUUUUGACAAAUAUAUAUUCUAUUUUGUGUAUACAUGUUACAUAGAUAUUGCUUUGCAAAAUUUAAAAAUAUCUAUUUCUGUAAAUUUUUCUGGUGUAUAUUUUAUAUCUGUAUUUAAGCACAAGUUUUCCUCUUUGUUAAUGCUGUUUUCAUCAUGAAUUUUUAAUAUUGUUUUUAAAAUAAAUAAUUUAACCAGGUUAGCAUUUUAUUAUGUUGUUUUUUUAAUUUGUAGAUUCCUGCCUUCUUGGUGUUGAUUAUAUUUUCUUGCAAUACAUUUUCUUGUGCAGUCAUUUCUCUGCAGUAGUGAGAGGUUUCCGGUAGAUCAAUAGUGUAACCACCACUGACUCCACCUCAUUCUCCACACUACAUACCAGUGUAUUUAGCAUUCAUACUUAACUCUUUAUAGCUAUAAUAACUAUGGGCCCAAACUGUAUGCUUCAACCCUGGGUUGUGCUUGAUAGAAAAUAGUAGUUCCCUUAAGAUUUAUACAAUUUGUUUUUACAAUAUUCUUAAUUUUAAUUUUUUUUCUUUUUAAAUUUAAAAGAAAUCAUUACUUCAUGUUGCUUUUUUUUUUUUUUUUUUCGAAUUUUUUUUUUUUUUGUAUUUUAAUGUUUUUCAAAUGCCUUAAAAAGUCAAUCUUAAUGUUAUUUUCAAAAAUUUUUUUUUGUAAUGUUCUCAAAUUUUUCUGCUAAUUUUGUCUGAAAGUUUGAAUCUGUUCAUGUCUCUUAUUUUGUCAUUUCAUUUUUUUCAUUUCACUUCUUUAUUUUCUUUGUAGUGUCUGAUCAAUAUCUCUCUAUUUUGUUUUCUUUUUAGAAGCAGAAUAAAGGAAAUAUUAAUAACA